UGGCAUGAUGUACGAGACCUAUGAAAAUCCAGAUAAUAAUUUGGGAUAGAGGAAUGUGUAUGACACUAGAAACAAAAAAUGUCAUUGGGAAGAUCAAAGUUCUGCAGAAGAGUACACGUUGUUUAAGAAGGACCGCCUCUCCUCUUCUAGUCAAACGUGUCUCCUCAGCACUUCUCCUUUUCUUGAAUGUUCUUCUACGCGUCUGCCACAACACCACCAUCACCCAUCCUCUCUCUGAAUUUGUGGGUUGAUAUAAAAUUCAUACUUCUUCUCUUCCCCUGUUCCCUGACUUAUUGGGUCACUGAAAUUGCAACGUUUCAUUCACGUUUGCUUCGGUCAAUAUAGUAGAAAUGGUUCAGAUUAAGGAAUUUCGAAUUGUGAUGCCCUUGUCAUUGGAAGAGUAUCAGGUAGCUCAGAUGUACAUGGUCAUGAAAAUGCAACAGGAAAGCACCACAGGUGAUGAAGGAGUGGAGGUUUUACAAAACAGACCAUUUAGUGAUGAUGAAUUUGGAGGGGGGCAGUACACAUCAAAAUUUUACCACUUGCAGAGUAAAGCGCCAUCUUGGUUGACUACAUUUGCACCAGCUGAUGCCCUUGUGAUGCAAGAAGAAGCCUGGAACGCAUAUCCUAAAUGUCGAUCAGUUGUUAAGUCACCAUAUUUUUCGAAGUUCUUUAUGAGCAUUGACACCAUCCACAAAGCUGACAAUGGAUACUCUGAGAAUGUGCAUGGCCUGAGUGAGGACCAACUGGCAGUUAGGCAGGUGGAAGUUAUUGAUAUUGCUUCAGCUGCCACUGAUUAUUGGAGUUACAUAGUUGGAAGAAACAAUGUUGAUUUAUCUAAUUUCCAAUCAGCAAGAUGCGGUCGUGGACCACUCUUGGAAGGCUGGCAGGACCACUGUAGUCCCGUUAUGACAGCAUACAAACUGGUGACUGUAGAUGCUCCAUACUGGGGGUUUGGGAGCAGAUUGGAACAGGCUUUGAUGGCGGGGGAAAGGUCACUUUUCCUAGAAAGUCAUCGUAAUUGCUUCACCUGGAUUGACGAAUGGUUUGGGUUGACAGUGGAGGUGUUGCGUGAGUUGGAGCGACAAAGUGAUUAUUCAUUGAAUAUGAAACUUGGCCGGCCUUGCUUGGCCGGCCUUGCUUGGCCGAGAGUUGGAUGACACAAGAGGAAUCUCCACUUGAAGGCGAAAAGUCUGUUGCAUGAAUGCACUGUUCAUAUCUAUGUUUAGCAGCUCUUGGUAUGGUUUUCAGAUUCAUAUACAUGGAAUGGGUCGCAAAUCGCAAUAGAAGAUUAUUGGCUUUACAGUGCAGUUUGCUGCAACAAUACAUAUGCUGUCAGCUUGUACAUGAAAAGGCAGGAAAAGAUGUUGAUAUUAUUCACAAUCAGCAAGGUUUUGUUUUCUGAUGCUUCUAUUCUUUAGAGGUAAGAUUAGGUAAUAAUGAAAGUUAUGUAGAACUGAAGACACAUUUUAGUGAAGGUAGUUUAGCUUAUUGAUCAUAAAGGCAUGAAGUGUAUAUGAUGAUAGUUUAAAAGAAUUACAAUUGUAUUUUCGUGUACAUUUUUUGGAUUCAUUUUUAGGGAUCUUUGAGUUUUACUUCUU